UCCCCUUCUCUGUGGUUUCUGCGCUCAACUCUUCGCCGCUCCACAGAAACUUCUCCUUCCUCAUCGAAGCAACCAACAAUGGUGGCCGCCAAGAAGACUAAGAAGACUCAUGAGAGCAUCAACAACAGGCUUGCUCUCGUGAUGAAGAGUGGCAAGUACACCUUGGGCUACAAAACGGUCCUCAAGUCCCUCAGGAACUCCAAAGGGAAGCUGAUCAUCAUUGCCAACAACUGCCCUCCUCUGAGGAAGUCAGAGAUUGAAUACUACGCCAUGUUGGCGAAGGUUGGAGUUCAUCAUUACAACGGCAACAAUGUAGACUUGGGAACAGCAUGUGGGAAAUACUACAGAGUAUGCUGCCUUAGCAUUAUUGAUCCAGGUGACUCCGAUAUCAUCAAGAGCAUGCCUAGUGAACAUUGAGUAUCCCGUGAUCUGCAUCAGGUCUUAGAUUUUGGUCGGUCCUUUUUGCUUUUUUCAUUUCUUUUUUUUUUUUUUCGGUUGGGAAGUGAGAAAUAGCACUAGCGAAGUGAGCUGCCAAUGUUUGAAAGGCUAAACAUUUUGAUAUUGGAAGCUGCUUUUAUGGUCCUUGAUUGUUCUAUGGUGACUCCAAAUUUUAUCUUUUAGGAUGUACCGUAUCCCAUUUUAUGAACGACUUGGAUUUUAAUUUACUAUUGUUUCACUUAAUAUACUUUUAGCAUCCUUUGGCAAUAUCA